GCUAGGAUGAAUUGUAAGAGUAGGGUAAUCAAGAAAGAGGAUAAGUAAAGAAAGCUCCAAUUUUCACAACAAUUUCAAUUUGCAGAGAGAGAGAGAAGGGGAUGGAGAAGUAUUUUGGUAAUGCUUACAGAGGUGACCCGGGAGUUCCACAUGCCGACCCGGAAAGGUUCAUGAAUAUAUGGAUUGGUUCAGCUGCUUUCAAUGUCUGCACCUUUUUUAAUCCUUAUAUGUGGCAGCUCUCUAAUCAAUUCAAUUGGCAUGACAAAGCAAUGCAAUUUGAACAUUAUCACUGGAAGAAAGCAUUGGAGAAGAAGCAGCCAUAUCAAUUUAAGUGGAACCAGCAUAGCAAAGAAUUCCGGGACUCGUACUACUACAACUGGCCUGUAUAUUUUCCUUAGGAUGCUUAUUUGGAUUCGCUAUUUGCAUCAUUUCCUAUGAGAUUUCCAAACGUAAUAGCUUUAAGCCAGCCUAUUCCUUUUUAAUUUAUGUUUAUUAGCUAAACAAAGCUACAAAGCUAAACGAUACAUUCAGCUUCAAGUUCGUUAAUAUGCAUCCUGCUUGACACUUCUUCAAAUAUAUUGAGCUUUCAAUUGGGCAGACAAUUCGAAAAUAAAUGCUCUUUGGUUUGCUGCA